AUGGCUGACCAUUCAGCUUCCUCGGCCGCGCUGCAAGGGGCUGCGAGCGCUGCUCAGCAUCAGCGCAUCCACUUACAAAGGCAGCUCACUGAGGUGCGCAUGGAGAACACGAUCCUGCGACAACAGCUCUACCAGGUGAGCACCCUCCUGGACAUCGCCGUGAGCAAGCUGGGGGCUAUGGGUGUGUCGCUCGAGACGCCCAUCGACAUCCGCGCGUUGCGUACGGAGGCGUUGCAGCGGGCACAUGCGGAGACGACCAAGGCGGAUUAUGACGCAGUCGGUGUCUCGCCGGAGAAUGGCAAAUCCCCUGCGCAGCAUCACCACAAGAAAUUCCAGAUGCGUCAGCAGUUACGAGAGCACACAAGGGCGGUGCAGUGCUGUGCCUUCUCCGACAGCGAGGACCUUCUCAUCGCCACUGGCGGCAUGGACUGUCGCCUGAUUGUCCAAAACUACCUAAGCGGAGCAAACUUGUGGGAUGCCACGGCGCAUGAGGAGGCAGUGAGCGACGUCGCUUGGAUGAACCACAACUGCCUGCUCUCCGCUUCGUACGACAACACAGUGAGGCUAUGGGAUGUGAAUGGUGGCACGACAAACAAGGACGUGCUGUACCAGUACACCGCCCACGGCUUCGUGCUCUCUGCAAUUCUGCUAGGACCGUCGCUGUUCGCCUGCGCUGACUCGCGACACAAGACGGCCAUUGUCGACGUCCGUGCCGGCGGGAAGGGCGUUGUGCAGGAGCAUGACUACCGCAUCAACUCGCUGAGCUACGACGAUGCCUCCCAGCAGCUGUUGAUGGGGCAGAGCAAUGGGGUUGUAUCCAUCUGGGAUAUGCGGCGGCCCGAUCAGGCCAUGUGCACCACUAACAGCAGCACUGGUGGCGGCCUGCCAGCUUCGCCUUCGCCACUGCCGCUGCAGCAACAGCAGCGACCGGGGUCCUUGAGCGAUGCAAAUGGCCCUGUAGAGGGGGACACCACACCCACGACGGCGAUAGAGGAUGGAGCUGCGCGUGACAGCAGUGCACUCGGAUCAAACGGAGGCCUUAUGGCGAGUGGCAGCACCACCAGCAUCGGCAGCCCACCCCGCUUCGCCCGCGCCACAGAAAUCGAGAAUGAGCCGUCGCGCUCGCCCAUCUCCUUUAUUGCCCACUUUCACAGCGACGAUGACACAUGUCGGCUUGUGUGUGUUUCGGGUGACAACAUGGUGCGGCUUUAUCGUGGAAACUUCAGCGCCUUUACUGGUGGCGGCCGUAAGGAGGGCGCCAGCCUGUACGUGCUGCGGAAUGUACUCGCAGGCGUGCCGACACGCGGCAACGUCAUGCGCUCCGGUUUCUGGAAGGGAGACCGUGGGAAGCCGGACAUGUCGGUGUUCUUCGACGAUGGCGAGACGGAGGGCGUUGCGCGGCCACCGCGGCGACUGACCGAGUGCGAUUUACUCGUCACCGGCGGGCCGGGCAACACCGCGCAGGUAUGUGACGUGACCGAUGAUGGCAGUGCGAUGGUGCUGGAACGACUGGAGGGGCAUCGCGACCGUGUGACCGGGGCAGCUGUGCGCCGCUCCCGCAAACCGAUCAUCGCUACGAUGAGCGCCGACUCGACGGUGCGUAUUUGGAUGCCUGUCACGUGCUGA